AUGUUAGUUCUUUUCGAGACACCUGCUGGAUAUGCACUGUUCAAGGUGUUGGAUGAGGGCAAGAUCAAAUCCAGUCCAUCAACCAUCCAUCAACACUUCACCACACCAGAGAAGGCUUCAAAGAUUGUAUCUUUGAAGAAGUUCUACAAGUUUGAUGGUACUUUGGACGCUUUGGAGUCAUGCACAGCGUUGGCUGAGAACACUGUGCCAGAGUCAUUGUCAAACUUCUUGACAAAGAACAUUAUCAAGGAGAAGUUGACUGAUAUGUUGGCUGUCUGCGACACCAAGUUUGGAAAUGCCAUCAAGGAGGCCGGACUCAACAUCAAGAUCAUCUGCGACGACACCACACAGGAGCUCAUCAGAGGCAUUCGCAGUCAGAUCAACUCGCUCGUCACUGGUCUGUCCGAGUCGGACCUCAACGCCAUGUCCAUCGGUCUGUCUCACUCCUACUCCAGAUACAAGCUCAAGUUCUCGCCAGACAAGGUCGACACUAUGAUCGUGCACGCCAUCUCGCUGCUGGACGAGCUAAACACUGAGCUCAACAUCUACGGAAUGAGAGCGCGUGAAUGGUACGGAUGGCAUUUCCCCGAGCUCGGAAAAAUCAUCGGCGAGCACAGCCAGUACUGCAAGGCCAUCAAGUUGAUGGGCGAUCGUAAGAACGCCGCCAAGCACGACUUUGAGGACAUCUUGCCAGAGGAGAUUGCCAGCGAGGUCAAGGAGGCCGCUCAAAUCUCUAUGGGUACAGACAUCAGUGAGGAGGAUCUCGACCACAUCUUCUCGCUCUGUGACCAAUACAUCUCGUUCGACGAGUACCGCCAACAACUCUCAGAGUACCUCAAGAACAGAAUGAACGCCAUUGCACCCAACCUGACCAUCCUGGUCGGCGAGGUCGUCGGCGCUCGCCUCAUCUGCAAGGCCGGUUCUUUGAUGAACUUGGCCAAGUACCCCGCCUCCACCAUUCAGAUCCUUGGUGCCGAGAAGGCCCUCUUCCGUGCCAUCAAGACCAAGAACAACACACCAAAGUACGGUCUCAUCUACAACGCCAAGCUCGUCGGUGACGCUUCCCUCAAGAACAAGGGUAAGAUGUCCAGAGUGCUGGCCGCCAAGGCUGCCCUGUCCAUCCGUUUCGACGCCCUGUGCGAGGCUUCAGACACAAGCUACGGUAUCACAUACAAGUCCAAGGUCGAGCAGAGAGCCAUCGACAUUGAGAACGGCGUCGUCCGCAGAACCAACAACAACAAGAAGAAGCCAGCCAACCAGACCAAGUACGACCACACCAAGGGAUCAAACUCACUGCAGACCAGAACUCCAGAGACCAAGGUCAAGAAGGAGUCCAACAUCAAGCAGGAGAAGAAGGAUUCGUCCGACGAGGACACUGAGAUGAGCGAAGUCGCCGAGACAAAGAUGGAGGUUGAGAAGACCAACAACAAGAAGAAGCCAGUUAAGAAGGAGUCGUCCGACGAGUCGUCGAGCGAGUCAUCGUCCUCCGAGGAGGAGGUCAAGAAGCCAGCCAAGAAGGAGGAGAAGAAGGUUGAGAAGAAGGAAGACAAGAAGAAGCCAGCCAAGAAGGAGUCAUCAGACGAGUCCUCCUCAGAGGAGGAGGUUAAGAAGCCAGCCAAGAAGGAGGACAAGAAAUCAAAGAAGGAGGACAAGAAGGAGGAUAAGAAGGCUGACAAGAAGAAGGCUGAGGUCGAGGAAAAGACCGAAAAGAAGUCAUCAAAGAAGUCUGAGGAGAAGGAAAGCAAGUCAGAGAAGAAGGCUGACAAGAAGGAGGACAAAAAGGAGGAUAAGAAGUCAUCAAAGAAGUCUGAGGUCGAGGAAAAGACCGAGAAGAAGUCAUCAAAGAAGUCAGAGGUAGGGGAGAAGAAGCCAGCCAAGAAGGACGACAAGAAAAGAGCCAGAGAGGACUCAUCAGAGGAGAAGGUCGUCAAGAAGAAGAAAUAA